AUGAGACGAAGGGGAAUAUCAUCACCAGCUACCUGGGAGGUGCCCUGGGUGUCAUGGCAGGCAUCUACACGGCAGGGGGAAUCUCUGGUGAGACAGAGGAAGGGGUCUCAGCUCUUGCUAUCCCCUGGUUCUGAGUCUCCCAGGACCCUCCACUCCCAGCCCUUCUCCCUACUCCAUUGCAGGGGCCCACAUGAACCCGGCGUUCUCCUUAGCCAUGUGCCUGAUAGAGCAGUUCCCCUGGUGGAAGUUUCCCAUCUUUGUGGUUGUGCAGAUCUUGGGAUCUUUCAUAUCUGCUGGAGCUGUUUACAUCCUCUACUAUGGUAUGGGGGAGCAGUAUUGGACAAGAGAGCCCCACAUAAGUACCUGGCCUUGGGAGGCCAGGCUUAUGUACAUACUCUGCCUCUGCCCCCAGAUGCCAUCUGGCACCAUAGCAAUGGGACCCUUACUGUCUCUGGCCCCCAAGAAACUGCCUCCAUCUUUGCCACUUACCCUGCUGACUUUGUGUCUGUUGCCAAUGGCUUCUUGGACCAGGUGAUCGGCACAGGGGUGCUGAUAGUGGUUGUCAUGGGCAUCAUGGACCCCCGCAACAAGCCUGUCCCCAAGGGCCUGGAACCAGUGGUUGUGGCUCUCUUGGUGCUCUCCAUCGAGGUCUCCAUGGGGGCCAACUGUGGCUGCCCCCUGAACCCUGCACGGGACAUCGGGCCCCGGCUCUUCACCUAUCUGGCAGGUUGGGGCCCAGAGGUCUUCAGCAGGGGCAAUGGGUGGUGGUGGGUGCCACUGGUAGCACCACUGCUGGGGGCCGCCGUGGGCACGUACCUGUACCAGCUCUUCGUGGCUUUCCACUAUCCGGAGGAGGACAGCGAAGUCCUGGCAGAGCAGGGCUCCAUCGUUCUAGUCAACACUGCCAUCGACGCAGACAUUGUGAAGUCACCCAAGGAAAUGGACGCUGGGGAGACAGUGCCUGCCGAGUAUCCCCGACCACCAAGCGCCAGCAGCACAGUCUCCCCCACAGUUACUGUCACAGCAUUAAAAGAGUCCUGAGAGCACGGCGUGUCUUGUCUAUGGGCAUGGGGGUGCAGGGAUAUGGUGGAAGGCCAGCCAGGCCUUGCUGCAGGGGGACCCCAGCCUGGGGGAAACGAGCUGCUAGUG